AUGUCAUUGGGAUUUUCUUAUGCUAACAAUAUUUUAGAAAAAAAACACCUGAAUACAUUUACUUCGAAGUCAUUACGGCCCUUAUUCAAUACUGAGAAUCGUCAACGUCGAGAACAAAUGAAUCAUCAAACUCGAAUUACUAUGAUUCAAAAUGAGGAUCAAAUACUUGAAGAACAAAUUACACCAUUAGCAGAUACAACGGAAACAGUGUUAUCCAAUAAUGCGUCAACGUCUUCUACUAGGAAAGGAUCUAAAAGACGUCGUGAUCACCCGCUUUUUCUUAUUGGAGCUGGCGUCCUUUUUCUUCUUGUUCUUUGGGGGAUUUUUUGGGGUGGUGUUGCUCUUUUAAAUAUUAUUCCUGAUACUAAUGGUAAUACAGCUAUUCGUAUGUUUAUUGCUUUUUUUUGUGUUAUGUUUGCUGGUUGUGCUAUCAUGUUUUGUAUGUUUGGUUGUGGUUAUCUUGUUCGAACCAUAUGGAAAAUGAUGUAA